CCCUCGCUGCUCCGCGUUCCCUCACCGUUCCCACUCUAAAAGACCUUGACCAUCCCUUCCGUGUAUUGGCAGCAAAGCACUGACACAGCAAGCCGUGAGCAUUCAGCACCUGGCGCAUCUAUAGAAGUACUAGCUGUGCGUUGCUAACGAGAGCACGGCCUUCUCGGAUGUUAUGGGUGAUCUCUAUGCGUGGCUCGUCUCCUUCUUCUUCCUCAUAGCCCUACUUGUGGUCGUCGUUUACCAGCUUAUGUGCUUGGCGGAUCUAGAGUUUGAUUACAUCAACCCUUAUGACUCCUCAUCUCGGAUAAACAGAGUGAUUUUGCCAGAGUUCAUUGCACAAGGAGUCUUAUGCAUAUUCUAUCUUGUAACAGGGCAUUGGGUUAUGUCACUGUUGUCUAUUCCAUACCUUUACUACAAUGUGAGACUGUACUUGCGAAAUCAGCACCUGGUAGAUGUCACUGAGAUAUUCAACUUGCUCAAUUGGGAAAAGAAGCAACGGCUUUUCAAACUCUUCUAUCUCGUUUGUCUCCUCUUUCUCUCCAUAUUUUGGAUGAUUCUAACUGCAUUGGAUGACCAUGAGUAGUUGGGGGCUCACUCUGUGGAGCUUGUACUGGAGGUAUUCAAUGCCGCAAACUAUUGCCUUGCGUUGCGUUGGAGAUAAAUUCCUCCCUCCGAACAACACAUUGUUGUAACUGAAUUAAAUUCAGGCUUUGUAUUUGUUGGAUGCUAAGUUAAUCUCUUCAAGUUCAGUUUUCAGGCAUUUUAAACUCUCUCUCUUUCUCUCUCUCUCUCUGGCUUGUACGUUUGCCAAUUAGCUAAAGGUAGAGUUAUCUGGUCUGUUAGCAAUUCUGGCAUUUCCUUUUCUGCAUUAUUUGUGCAGGAUUGUGGUAAUCAACUCAAAUCAUUAAAUAUGAGCAAUUCCUGCUUGCAUGCA